CCGGUGAGACGAUAAUAAACACAUAGAGAGAGCGACGGACGGAGAGAAGAAAUGGAGAAGUAUUUUGGAAAUGCGUACAGGGGAGAUCCAGGAGUGCCGCACGCAGAUGCUGAUAGGUUCGUGAACAUAUGGAUUGGUUCGGCUGCCUUCUCUGCUCUCACCUGGGUCAAUCCUUACAUGUGGCAGCUCUCCAACCAGUUCAAUUAUCAUGAUAAGUGGAUGCUCUUUGAGCAGUACCACUGGAAAAAAGCAAGGGCAAAGAAGCAGCCUUACGAAUUCAAGUGGAAUAAGAUACCGAAAGAAGUCAGGGACUCGUAUUAUUACAACUGGCCUGUCUACUUCCCUUAGAUGAAAGCCUCUCCCUUGCAAUCUUUUCAGCUUGCCUUGUCGAACUUAUUAAGAAUGUAACUCUGUUUGCUUCUCGUUCUGUUCCUUUUCUGUUGGAUUUUAAGUUUGGUCUGUACUUGAUCACUCAACUAUCCUCUUCUAGAUGAAACUCUUAUGGCAAGA